AGAUUCAAAAAGGAAAAAAGAAAAAGAAAAAGAAAAAAGAAUCCAAAAUUCCAAAAACGACCCUCUUUCUUUCUCACCGUCUUCUCCUCUACAAUCGAAAACCCUAAUUCUCCCCCAAAUCCCUCAAAAGUAGGGAUUUGCCAAGAAAUCAACGGGAAAUUCUAGGGCUUUGAAUGCAAUGGGGAAGGAACUCAUCGCCAAUUCUCGGUCUCGAUCAGUGUGCGAGACCGUGAACGGAUCGCAUCAAUUCACGAUCAAGGGCUACUCUCUGGCCAAAGGAAUGAGCGCCGGAAAAUUCAUCUCCAGCGACGUCUUCGACGUCGGGGGGCAUCAAUGGGCGAUCUAUUUCUAUCCCGACGGCAAGAAUCCCGAGGACAAUUCGAUGUAUGUGUCGGUUUUCGUCGCGCUGGCGAGCGAAGGGACGGAUGUUAGGGCUCUGUUUGAGCUGACGCUGGUUGAUCAGAGUGGGAAGGGGAAGGACAAGGUUCAUAGUCAUUUCGACAGGGCGAUGGAUAGCGGGCCCUACACGCUCAAGUAUCGGGGGAGCAUGUGGGGCUACAAGCGGUUUUUUAGGAGAACAUCCUUAGAAACAUCCGACUUUCUUAAGGAUGAUUGCUUGGUCAUGAAGUGCACUGUGGGUGUUGUUAGAAGCCGGAUUGAAAAACAAAGACAAUUAACCAUUUCCGUGCCACCAUCAGACUUGGGUCAUUGUCUCGAAGGAUUACUGAAAUCCGGUAUGGGUUCGGACAUCAUCUUUGAAGUUGAUGAUGAGACAUUCAAAGCCCAUAAGUUGAUACUUGCUGCUCGUUCACCAGUGUUUAAGGCCCAGUUCUUUGGCCUUAUCGGUGACCCAGACAUUGACAAAAUUGUUGUUCAAGAUGUAGAGCCUCCUGUGUUCAAGGCGAUGCUUUUAUUUAUGUACUCAGAUGUAUUUCCCGAUUUUCAUGAAAUGACUGAAUCAGUCUCAAUGUCAACGGCAACAAACUUGGUGCAGCAUUUGUUGGCUGCUGCCGACCAAUAUGGAUUAGAACGUCUAAAAUUAUUAUGUGAAGCAAAAUUGUGCAAACAAGUCACUUCUGACACUGUGGUGUCAACGAUAGCCCUGGCUGAGCAAUACCAUUGUUCUCAUUUGAAAUCCGUCUGUUUAAAGUUCGCUGCAGCUCCGGAAAACCUUUGUGCUGUGCUGCAGACUGAAGAGUUUGGGCACCUAAAACAAGCAUGCCCGACGCUGCUAACCGAUAUUCUUGCGACUGUUGCUGAGGUGGACGAUGAUCAGAAUCCAGUCAGGCAAAAGAGGAACAGUAGCAGCAAUAUAGGCCUGAAUAUUUUCGAUGGUGUUGAUUCAAGUGGCAGGAGAAUGCGGAGACGGCUAUAGUUAGCAGUUUGUCCUGUAACAUCUUAUAUUUUUAGCUGUUUCAAUGCUCUGUGUAACUUGAUUUUCGCCAUUUGAUGCAAUUUGAAGUGAACAGCUAGUGAAAUAAGUUCCCUUUUCCUUUUUUCUU